AUGUUCCAGCCGUUCUUUGAUUAGUAGUUCUCACAGUUCAAGUGUCGUGAAAUCGGACGGCUUGAGGCCAAUUUCCGCAUUCCCUAUAGUUGGUUCAGCUCUUCUUACGUCGGAAAGGACAUGACUCAAGUACUUCCUCCACCCCUGAACGUUUCGCCGUUUAUUCGGGGCUCUCGCUGGAUUGCCUUUUUUGUCGGGAUCGGCUACGGUUCGUUCCACUAUAAUCGUCUUUCGAAGAAGGAGGCUCGUCGGCGCGAAGCUGAAUUGCAAUAUAAGUUAGAUCAGGCUAAGAAAAAGGCGGCUGAGAAGAUGCGAGCGAACCGCGCCGAAAUGUUGACAUUGGCUAAGGAAGUAGGCGUAGAAGUGCCCGCAGACUUUGACAAACAAUUUCCUUUGCAAUGAAUUUGUUGAUGGUCGUCAAAUGGGUAUAAUAAUGUGUGAUCGGUGAAAAACUAUGACGAGUGCAGCAUUUUUAUGUAACAUAGGAUUUAGAAUGGAAUAUUAAUUCAUUGAAAAAAAGAAUAAAUCAUUCUGACUACAAUUGAGUA